AAAAAAGAAAAUGUGCAAAAAAAGUAGACCCCGAGUGACGCCGUGUGACUCGACGCCGUGUGGGAUGGAUGAUAUUCCCAUUCUAGCCAUCCAUCUAUCCACUCAAGUCUGGCCUCACUCGGCUCUUCUCCCAACUCUCGCCUGGUCUGCUAGGCAUACCAUAUCAUAUACAGAGCUCUGUUCGAGCUGGUGACCCAAGACGGUCCCGCACCUCGCUGUGGAUUCUCAACCUCGAAUUCAGAUCCAAUCGGGCCAGCCCGAAGGGCCAAACUCCGCUUCCAACCGAACAGACCAGAGCAUGACAGUACCGGACAAACAGCCCUCACAUUCGAUACAACUUCCUACGAAACGACGUCAGACUCCAGACGAUCAUCCGGAUAUGACGAAACGAGUCGAUCAAGGCAGUUUCGAUACGCAAAGUCUGACCGGAGAGUCCAGCUCCAAGAAGAAGAGAAUAAGUCUCAGCUGUGCACAAUGCGAGUCCAAAGCUCUUCACCCUUUGUGUACAGACUAUGCUGACGUUCUCUUUCCAGGCGCCAAGCGGAAGCAAAAGUGCAAUCGGGAAUUCCCCUGCCAGCAUUGUAUCGCUCGCAAGGUUCCGGAACUCUGCGUUCCUUACAAUCCUCAAUCACGACGUGAUUCGUCGGUCGAUGGACCCGACGCAAAUACCGCUGCUCGACUCGAUAGGAUAGAGGAUAUCCUCUCCGUUGUGCUGCGACACCAUGGAGGCUUGUGGACAUAUAAAGAUGUCAAACAGUACAUGAGUGGUGGUCCGUACACGAGGAUCUUUCCAUCAGCACCAUCGUCACCUUCUUCACCCCGCCGUAGAAGCUUAGCGAUCGCCGCGGAGAAUAGCGCAAGCCCAAUACGUCACUCCGCCCUCGCGUCAACUCCCAUCAAUUACGAUGAUCAUACACAUGAGAACGAAGAUGGUGGGAGUGCUGACGAGGAGGAUCUGGGAAAGGGUGUCAGUAAGGGCUGGCUGGGAGACCUGGAAGGUGGAGUGCCAGAAUCACUUGACGCGAAGAACAGGGUCAAGAUCAAGCGGGAUGUCCAUGGCACACCGGCCGAGAAUCUGCAGCGACUGAUCACCGAUUGUGGAGUCUCGCCCCACAAGAUCGCUGAACUUGUGCAAGAGCUGCCGCCGAAGCAUUUUGCAGAUCGUAUCGUCGAUUCAUUCUUUUCAGGGUUCAACAAUGUGCGAUACCCUAUAGAUGAGCAUCUUUUCCGCACCUCUUACGAGGAUCUUUACAACACCAGCAAGGCAGUCGACCCGUCGAAUGUCCGUGCUCUGCCACUCAUCUUCAUCGUCUUGGCUUUGGGUGUGAGACUGGCGACUGGCGACUGGGCUGGUCCCGAGGAAACUCGCAAGCUGUCCAGUCUCAGAAUGUACUGGUCAUCUCGACGCAGCAUCUUGAUCGCAACAGCAGUACAAUCCGAGUCGAUCGAGCUAGUCUCCGCGAUGUACCUUGUGCUCGUGCAUGAUCGUCGAUUGACAGAAUGCUGGUCGCAGUUGGGAGCAUCCUUGCGCACAGCCCAAGCGAUAGGGCUGCAUCGUGAUGGCACGAAAAUGGGUCUGGAUCCAUUUGAAACUGAGUAUCGACGUCGUCUCUGGAGUUACUUGUACCAUGCGGACAAAUUAUACAGCCUGGUCCUUGGCAGACCACCCAGUAUCUCAGAUAGCUACACGGAUACAUUGGACCCAACGAACGUCGAUCUGUCCGAGUUUCACAAGCUUUCAGCCAAAAAUGUUCCUAUAGCGAAGCCCCUAGAGCAACCGACAUCAGCCACCUUCAUCAUCCUCCGGAAAUCUCUCUCUAAGAUCAUCGGUCAUGUGGUACAUCACUUUCAGAAGCUGGACGAACCAGCAAGAUACUCUGACGUUCAAAUGUUGAACCAGGAAUUGAAUGAUUAUGUGGAAAGUCUACCUCCAUGCUUUCAAAUGUACCAACCCGACAAGAGUUAUGACAAGGAACACCCUUGGCUGCCUGUUCAUCGUAUGCUCCUCCUUGCGGAGAUCCUUGUCACCAUUAUAAUUUUACACCGUCCUUGGCUAUUGAGGCGACUGUCUACCAGUCAUUAUGCAGCAUCUCGAACGGCUUGCUUCGAAGCUGCCAAGCUCGACUUCCAGCUGCGACAAGAAUUUCAAAAGGAGUAUGCCGGGGACAAGGCUCAGUUCUUGACUGGGCAAUUCAAGACUUUCAACACGGCAAUGAUAGCUGGGAUCUCCGCCAUCAUUGACCCAAGGGGGCCUGACGGAGACCAGAUGAGGACUAUCCUGACCACCUUUCUGGAGCAGAAUCCAUGGCACGAAGCGGUCCACAAGGAUGCGACUACCAGGAAGGAAGUUCAGAUUAUUUUGACCCUGUCCCGUCGCGCUGCUCAGAUCUACGAAAAGUCAUUCGGUCCAGAUGAAGGGAGGAAUCCGGAGGAUGAUUCUGCAGCGAUGCUACUUGCCUUGAGCCAGCCCAGUGAUAUGCCCGAUGAGCUGCAAAGCAAGGGAACGUCUGCAACCACGAAUCAGGAGAAGACUUCAUUAGGGGCACUACCGCCCCAAAGGGUUUCAUCGGUUCCAACAGCAAUCACAGCUCUUCCUAUCAAUCCGAGCCCCAUACAGAUUAGUCCUACUACCCAUUCCAUGGGAGAAGACGACCACUCUCAGAGAUUGUUUGAUCAUUGGUUGAACGCCAACUCAACGCUUGCGUUUGGUUCCCUAAAUGAGUCUGUUCCUAUCUUCGACGACUCUGCGAUGGGAGCUGCGUUAGAUGGCAAUACCAUUCCUACCUCGAUCAUGACUACUCCGUAUACCCAAGCGGUCGACUCGAUUUCGAGCAUGUUCGCCGCAACCCCGGUCAUGACUGGCCCGACCGGCCCCGCCUCACAACAGGCAUUCUGGACCGACAGCUACUCCAGCUUUCCUGGCAGCAGGCAGGUCCCGAUACAGUCUUCCACCCCCCUUAUGGAGACGGCCACCGGAUUCGACCCAUCAGCCUCAAGUGCAUCGUUCGGCGUGCCACAAACAGGAGAGAACAGUGAUGAAUACUGGAACGCUCUGAUUGAUGGUGAGAUACAGGAUUGUGAGAGGGCAAGAACCUGACAUUGCUGUACCACGCAGGGAUUCUCAGUACCACUGGGGGCGGUAUAACAGGCGCUGGUCCGCAGUGAAGAAAGAAAGAGUGUUCGAGUGUCUGCAUGAAUAAUAAUGUAAAGGGGUCCUGUCCGGUCCACGUGGUACUGCCCGUGACGUCGGAGCUGGGGCAAGAAAAGAAGCUGCACCACAAGGGGGUCUCUCUCACACGCACCGCGUUAAAUUGAUAACAAUCUUCUCACAACAGACGUCUAUCGCCCAUUG